AGGUUGAUACUGAAAUAUGUAGUCUUGUAAAAUGCCUCUCCCUGUCACAUCACAUUUAUGUUCUGCAUUAACCUUCCCGGAGUAUUUUCCCACUAAGGCAAUUUAGGCUCUCAUUAUCUCCACUGUGCCACUUCCCCCCCUCCCUGUGAGAUUCAAAGUGGAGAGGGAAAGGUGUGACUGCGACGGAAGGUAGUGAAGUUGAAGGCAGAAAGUAUUCUAUUCUCUCCCUUUCGUUUUCCACUGCACUGUGUCUUCGCCCUUGCGCAACUGUAGACAGAUCUGCGGAAAGUCUGUGCGUCUGGUUUCUCACCUCCUGUACAAGCUGUAAGGAGGGGGGUGUAUGUGAGAAGGCGAGAGGGAAACCCAUGACUUCCGCAUUUUUCCUCCGUGUCUGAAACUAAAGGCAGUGUACAACAGACUAGGCUAUAAAACCAACAUGGCUCUAACAAGCACAGCAUUCACCUCAAGACUCGGACUGGGCUGUGUGAUAACCAGAGGACUAUCUUGUGGAGGUAAAGCGUCGAACAACAGGAGCUGUGCAACUUCCAGCGCUUGCAACUCAACAUUUGUUUUUCUUCCCGCUGGACCUAAAAAAAAUUGGACGGUGCGGACACUUUCUCCUACCGCCGAUUGUUAGGACACCAAAAUACAGCAAUGGAUGUUGAGUCUCUUCAGAAAAGCGGCCGCCGACGUGGGAGCUGCCUGGACGUUUUUCUGGUCAUGUCCAUCAUUGUUCUGUUUGUGGCGGUGACAGCUGUGGCUGCUGGCGGAGUGAUUGUUGUGAUGGACCUGCAGUCCAAAUUGAUGGACCUGCAGUCCAAAGCGAUCAAAGUGGAUCACAACCACGAUCCUCUUACAUCUGACUCAGCAUACAAGAUGCAGAAUGUUGCCUACCUGGAAGCCAUUACGAAUGGGCUGAAUAAGCUGGAGAACUCCACCAUGCAAUGGGAUACAGUCCCCUACGGUGCUGGGCAGUCUGUAGGAACCAACUUCAUAUUUAAAAAAACCCAGCAUACACUGAUGCCAAAACAGGCCGGGACCUACUUCAUGUACAUUAACCUCAACCUCACCUGCAUCUUCAGAUGCAGGGCAGGCCUCCUCACCGUACAUGUGGGCGAUAAGCUCACCUGUGAGGUGGAGCUUCCAGAUUCGACAAAUUCAAAACCUGUGAGCAAGAAAUGCUGGACAGUGAGCCGGCUGGAUGAGAAGGAGCUGCUCACUCAGAUGACAGUACCAAAGGAGGGACUAGAGAACUGGCAACUGAACAGCUCAGAACUGGGGAUGUUCCUUGCGGACUAAUAUGGACACUGCGGUGCUAUUACUGUCGUCAAGGUGCAGACGUGUCUGUGACCUGUGGGUUGUAACUACAGAACAACACCAAAGUCCAAGCAGGUGAAAAUGGGCAGGUGCCGGUGCCAUUUUCAAAGCUAUAACAAGGUUUCUUGCAAACUGAAAGAGUAAGAUUAUGAAGCUUAGUAGGAUUUUAAUGCGGACUCUCAGGAGAAGUUGCAGUUGUGAUAAUGCAGGCAGGAUAUGACAAAGACCAGAGACUCACCUGAUUUUGUGUAAAUAUGUAUGUGCUAUGUGAUGUAUUUAUUUGGUGAUACUGAACUAUUUAUGUACUUAUAUUUAUAAUGGUGUUGAGGUUUUUUUAUAGAAACUUAUUUUGAUGUAGAUACCACUACAUUAGUGUUGACAGGCAAUACACUGUAAUUUAAUCAGCCUACAUAGACUUAAAUAUGACUUUAUAGCUCUGUUUUUAUUUUACAAAUGUUUGGGGGCAAAAAGUAGUCUUAGAAAUCUGUGAUUACAAAUCUGCUCCAAAUCUCCAACAAGCACCUCAGGGACUUGAUUUAGGUUUUCUGCCGUCAAGUAGAGUCAUUUAAGCUCCUCUCACAAAUGAUGAGUAUGACUAUACACUCAAAAUAACUUUUGAAGAAACAAGUCUGAUAAAACUAUCCUACUGUAAUCAAAUUACUAAAAUAUAUUUCUAUGUGCACUGAAAGUGUUUAAGUCCUAUGGACAA